AUGGCGGCAUCGUCGAGUGGAAGGUCUUCGUCGUCGCCUUCAUUGCCAGCCCCUCUGGUGGUGGGGAAGGCUCCCCUUGUUGGGACAUCAGCGCCGGUUGUCCCUCUGCAGAAGAAGGAGGAUCCCUCGGCUGCUCCUGUGGUCACUCUUGUCCCCCUCUCUGUUGCUGACGCUACUUCGACAAGGGUGGAUUUGAUCGUCCUUAGCAGUGACAGUGAAGAUGAGGUUGAUUGGGAGGCGCUCGCCGCCGAAGAUGAAGUCGACUGGGGCGCCCUUGCUGUUGAAGAUGACGAUGAUGUCAACUCUGGGGGUAGCGGGUCUCCGGCGAGGAAUUGA